CCCCGACUCCCCCGGUUCCCCCAGCUGCAGGUGUCCGCGCAGCAGGCCGAACUGGAGCUGCGGCGGCUGCGCGAGGAGAACCAGCGUCUCCGCCGGGAGCUGGGCUCAGGGCCGCAGGAGGAGCGCGCGCUGCUGCGACAGCUCAAGGAAGUGACAGACCGACAGAGGGACGAGCUUCGGGCACACAGCCGAGAUCUAAUGCGCCGAAGCCAAGAGACCGAGGCGCUGCAGGAGCAGCUGCAGCGCCUCCUGCUGGUCAACUCGGAGCUGCGGCACAAGCUGGCAGCAGUGCAGACCCAACUCAGGGCGGCGCAGGACCGGGAGAGGGAACGCCAAAUAGCUCGGGAUGGCUCCCACCAGCUGGCGGAAGAACAGAGGCUGAAGCCCGAAGCAGCAACCCCAGAUGACCGGAUGGAUGCCCAGCAGCGGCCAGAGCACCCUCCAGAGGCCGUUCAAUGUGGCUUCAGCCGGGAGGAGCUUCAGCAGAUCCUUCAGGAGCGGAAUGAGCUCAAAGCCAACGUAUUCUUGCUCAAGGAGGAAUUGGCCUACUUCCAGCGAGAGCUGCUCACGGAUCACCGGGUCCCUGGGCUUCUCCUUGAAGCCAUGAAGGUGGCAGUGAAGAGGCAGCGGAAGAAGAUCAAGGCCAAGAUGUUAGGGACACCAGAGGAAGCAGAGAGCAGUGAUGAUGAGGAUGACUCGUGGCUUCUGCUCUCCAAUGACAAGGAUGAUGCUCCUCUUGUUCCUGGAUCCAGAAUACAGAAUUUCUUUGGCUUAUGGUAUCGGGGUGAAACUGAGGCCCCUGAAUCUGAGACCAGCAAUACAGCUCCCAGCAGGCUACAGGAAGGAGAAGAGACCCCACAGCAACCCCACAUGGAACCCGUGGGCAGCCUUCCGGCCCCCAACUCCUGACUAGCCCUUCUCUGCUUCCGAUGAACAUCUUACUCCGAGAGCUUCGGCUAUCAAGAGGCCUAACUUUGAGUUCUGGUUGUGUACAGAUGUGUGACCUCAAACAAGGACGAGGCUCCCCUCUAUACCGAGCCUGCGCUAGGCAUGAUUGGGAUUUCAGCCUCUCCCUUUCUUGAUAUCUUUGUCCCACACUUCAGAGCCAGAGGUAACGGUGUCUCUGAGCUCCACUUUCCCCAUUGAGAGACAGAGGGUUGCCUGCCUGCCUGCCUCCCUGAGGCUUAUGCAGGUGAUCAGUGCAAUAAAGCUUUUACCCAUAAUACCCCU